AUGCAAAAUGUUUCGAAUGCUUCGUUGAUUGACAAUUCGGAAAAAACGACGGAAAUCAAGAUUGGGGACACAGAAAAGACGAGAAAAAAGAUCGCGUGGAGUGGAAUUGUGGCUACAGUACCCCAAGCUGGUGGUGGUAGAAAGGAGGUUAUUAAAAAUGUUUCCGGAGUCGCCGAGCCAGGAGAAGUUUUGGCUCUAAUGGGAGGUAGUGGAGCCGGAAAAACCACUUUAAUGAAUAUUUUGGCUCAUUUGGAUACGAAUGGCGUUGAAUAUUAUGGUGACGUCACUGUAAAUGGAAAAAAGAUCACAAAACAAAAAAUGCGUCAAAUGUGUGCGUAUGUGCAGCAGGUGGAUCUCUUUUGUGGUACAUUGACUGUCAGGGAACAAUUGACUUAUACCGCACAUAUGAGGAUGAAGGACUGUACUGCGGAGCAAAAAAUGGAAAGAGUGGAGAGUGUAUUAAGGGAUAUGAACCUUAUUGAUUGUCAGAAUACAUUGAUUGGUAUCCCAAAUCGAAUGAAAGGUAUUUCGAUUGGAGAGAAAAAACGAUUGGCAUUUGCUUGUGAGAUUCUAACGGAUCCCCAAAUCCUAUUCUGCGAUGAACCAACGUCCGGUCUCGACGCCUCAUGGCUUCUGAAGUCGUUCGUGCUCUUAUUCCGAAUGUUUCAUAAAGUGUGUUUCAUGGCGACUGGAAAAACUGUUUACCAUGGAGCUGUGGACAAGCUCUGUCCAUUUUUUGAUGGGCUAGGAUUGGAGUUCCGUGUGCCUGAAAGUUAUAAUCCCGCAGAUUUUGUAAUGUCAGAGAUUUCGAUUAGUCCAGAGACAGAACAGGAAGAUAUUCAGAGAAUUGAGUUCAUAAUCUCUGAGUACCAAAAAAGUGACAUUGGCCAUAAAAUGCUACAAAACACUCGGACUACAAUUGACGAAUUUGGAGGAUACGGAGAGGAAGAUGAUGAUGAUGGAGAAUCCCGCUACAACUCGUCGUUUGCCACUCAAUUCCAAGUUUUGCUGAAACGAUCACUUCGUACAACAUUCCGUGAUCCUCUUCUUCUUCGUGUUCGUUUCGCACAGAUUGUGGUCACUGCGAUUUUGGUUGGAAUUGUGAAUUGGAGAACUGAAUUGAGUGGUCCAACGAUUCAAAAUUUGGAAGGUGUCAUGUAUAACUGUGCACGUGACAUGACCUUCUUGUUUUAUUUUCCAUCUGUCAAUGUCAUCACCUCUGAACUCCCAGUUUUUCUUCGCGAGCACAAAUCGAAUAUCUAUUCUGUAGAAGCAUAUUUUCUGGCAAAAAGUCUGGCCGAACUUCCCCAGUACACAAUUCUCCCACUAACCUAUGGAUCCGUAGUUUAUUGGAUGGCCGGACUAGUUGGAUCUCCAAUCUUCUCGUUUUUCAUUUUUGUAUUCGUUUGUAUUACUCUAACCUGGGUGGCUGUGUCCAUUGCUUACGUCGGUGCUUGUAUCUUUGGAGACGAAGGACUCGUUGUCACUUUCAUGCCAAUGUUUGUGCUCCCAAUGCUUGUGUUUGGAGGAUUCUACAUUAACGCUAACAACAUUCCCUCGUAUUUCCGUCACAUUUCCUACCUAUCCUGGUUCAAACAUGGAUUCGAAGCUCUCGAAGCAAAUCAGUGGAACCAGAUUCCGGAAAUUCCUGGGUGCAAUUCGACGAAUCGGUUUUCUACGAAUUCCACGUCAGCAUUUUGCCCGGCAGUCAAUGGGCAAGGAAUUCUAGACCGUCGUGGAAUCGAUACUCCGCUUUAUGUGAACGUUCUGAUUCUUUUUGUCUCGUUCUUUGUGUAUCGUAUUGUUGGUUUAGUGGCAUUAAAAAUUAGAGUGAAGUUUGCGAAAUGA